GGUUUGCUUAUGGGUUGGUUGUUCAGAAAGCUCUCAAAAGGGCUUUUGCUAUGUUCUAUAAAAUCCGAAGUGAUUUUAUAUUUUGUCACCUUGAGCUUUUCUUUAUUUCGUGUAAAUAAUAACUAAACAUUAGUGAAUAAUGGUGUCUUUUAGUCUUUAGUUGCCGUGGAUUCGUUCCCAAAGUUGAAAUUUAAGAGAUAUGCUUAGUGGUCUAAACGGUGUAAGGACAGAGUUAUGCUAAUUUUCUCCCGAUGUCACCGGGUUCCACCUUUGUACCUGGCGUUUGAAGGACUUCGGCACCAAUGCCCAUGGCUUACCAUCGCUUCCGCAUCACAGGUUGAUCUUCCUUUCGGCCACCCAGACCCCCGACGUCGGUAGAAAUGGUGAAGUGAGCGCCGCGAGAUGUUGCCUUGCGUUGUAGCGUUGCUGCUGCUAGGGGCCGAGCUGUUGCACGCUCUCGACAUAUCUCAAUGUAUCGCGCCGCUCGGCAUGGAGAGCGGGUUAAUCCCAGAUAAGGACCUAACAGCCAGCUCCUCCUUUAAUGACGGCAACGUGGGACCACAGAAUGGAAGGUUAAAUCAAGAAAUAAAAGGGGGCGCCUGGUGUCCGAAGUCGCAGAUCACGACUGAGUCGACGGAAUGGCUGGAGAUCGAUCUGCACUCGGUGCACGUUAUAACCGGGACUGGAACUCAGGGUCGGUUCGGCAACGGCCAGGGUCAGGAGUAUGCAGAAGCUUACGUGCUCGAAUAUUGGCGGCCCAAGCUUGGCAAGUGGGUCCGAUAUCGGUUCGCCGACGGCCAAGAAAUUUUAAGUGGCAACACAAACACGUACUUAGAGAAGAAGAAUCACUUGGAGCCGCCUAUUUGGGCGCAGAAGAUCCGCUUCAUCCCAUACAGUUCGCACCGUCGGACCGUCUGCAUGAGGGUUGAGUUGUACGGCUGCUACUGGAGCGUUGGUAUAGUCGCGUAUUCUAUGCCAAAGGGGAAUAAGAGGAGUAAUGGUAUCGAGCUGACUGAUACCAUCUACGACGGUCAAUGGGGUGAGGAGCUAAGAGGCGGUCUGGGCCAGUUGGUGGAUGGCCAGUUUGGCGGCGACGAGAUUCGUGAAGCCGCGAAGACUUCGGCCUGGGUGGGGUGGAGAAACGAUUCCAAGCCUAGCCCUCCGGUGAUCAUUUUCGAGUUCGACAAAGUACGGGAAUUCAGCGCGGUACAUCUCUACUGUAACAAUAGAUUCAUGAGAGACGUGCAGGUGUUUUCGGAGGCGAUCAUAUCAUUUUCGAUCGGAGGUCGUCACUUCCAAGACGAGCCGAUCCGCUACUCGCACGUGGAAGACAGUAUCUUCGAGAACUCAAGAAAUGUGAGCAUCAAGUUGCACCACCGCAUUGGCAAGUGGGUGCGCAUCGAAUUGCGGUUCGCCGCGCGCUGGAUACUCAUCAGCGAGGUCGUUUUUGACUCCGACGUGGCUCAAGGGAACUACACGCCGGAAAUUUUAAAGCCUCUCGGCGGAAAAGACAAAACGAAGCAGACCACCGCUAAAGAGGUUCCGAUAUCCACGGCACACCACGAGGACCCUCUUUACAUGGCCAUCGUAGUCGGCGUGCUCACCGCUCUCGUCAUACUACUAGCUGUCGCUGUGUUCUUAAUCAUACACAGACAUCGACAUAGAAAGUGCUUCGCUUCCCCGCUAGCGAAGUCUACCGUAUCUCAAAAGAGGACGGUAGAAAGUUACAGCCGAUGCGGCACCUCAAUGUUGCCAGAAAACAAAAAUAUAGACUGCGCUUUAGAUGUUAAGUCAGACGAAUACCAAGAGCCUUACCAGGCGUUGAAGUGUGCACCGUAUUUUAGUUAUAGUACUGUACUACUCGAGAUGAAAGACUUUGUGAAGGAUUCUAAUACUGCGCUCUCAGAUAGUUCCAACUACGACUACGCGGUACCGGAGUUGAGUUCCGCGCCGUUGUUGACCAAGCGUCGGCUCGCGGACAGCCUGUCGGACCGCGCGACCGAGCUCAUGAGCGAUCACGUCGACAAGAUGGCCGACAUCGACGCACGCCGCUCCGCCGCCGGCUCCGUGCGGUCCAAACACAGUACCAGGUCGCCGAGUCAACAGGAGAUGUUUAUCGACCUGAAACGACGGCUUGAGACCACCAACGUGAUCGAAUUCCCGCGGCAUAGACUCAGGAUGAUAUCCAAGUUGGCUGAGGGUGCAUUUGGCACUGUGUACGUGGCGGAGGCAGACGGAGUACCUGAGUACAACGGGACCAUCACAGCGGAGAAGCGGCUCGUCGCUGUCAAAUUCUUAUGUCACGAUGCCACUGUCAAAGAAAGGGAGGAAUUCGAACGCGAUGUGCGUAUCUUAGCAACAUUAUCGUGCCCGCACCUGGCGCGGGUGCUAGGCGCGUGCCGGUCGCCCCCUCUAGCCGUAGUGCUAGAAUACUUGGAGCUGGGAGACCUGUGCGCCUUCCUUCGCACGGCGGCGCCGCAAUCCACGCCGACAUUGUUGCAUAUAGCCACGCAGAUCGCCAACGGGAUGCAGUACCUAGAAUCGCUCAACUUCGUACACAGAGAUCUCGCUGCCAGGAAUUGUCUUGUCGGAAAGAAUUAUCAAGUGAAGAUUAGCGAUUUCGGCACGGACAAUGAAGCGUAUGCUUGCGACUAUUACAAAGUGGAUGGCAGAAUCCCUCUUCCUUUGCGGUGGGCUGCUUGGGAGAGUGUGCUUCUCGGCAAGUAUACGACUAAGAGCGACGUAUGGGCCUUCGCAGUAACCCUGCAUGAAAUCUUCACACUCUGCCGCCGUCGGCCGUACGAACACUUGACUGAAACUGAGGUGCUAGAGAACCUAUCGCACUUGCAAGCGGACGACGGCAUGUUCGAGUGCAUCGGGCGAGCUCCGGGGCUGCCGCGCGACCUCUACGAGCUGAUGUGCGAGUGCUGGCGGCGCGACGAGCUCGACCGCCCAGCCUUCGCCGAGGUACACCUCUUCCUCCAACGUAAGAGCCUCAACUUCGCGACCACGUGAUCCUGGCAUGUCGCAUGCUCGCGACUCACGAGCAUGAGCUACUGACGGGGCAAGUGUUGAAACGAACGCGGGUUUAUCUUCGUCGUCCCGGUUGACUAGUUCAAGAACUACUUUCAACUCUUGUCCAAGCCCUAUACAUAUUUUGCACAGUUUACAAAUUAAAAUAACAAGAAUGUCGCGUCACUUAACAUUCAUUCAGUCUCUACAAAAGGACGUACAAUAAUUUGAAACAUGUUUAUGGGACUGACGGAUGUAUGUACGUACAUUAUAUAAUACUGCGCAAUUAUAUUACGGUGUUACUAGUCAAUUAGGACGUCCAAGGUUCGUUUAAUAUAAAUUAAUUUUAAUUCAAACUAAUGUUGAAGAGGGGGACAGAAGUGUGUCGGAAAAGUUCAGAUUGGUUUGAAUUAGAACGUGACAAACAAGCCAGAGAUCUUCGGGUUUUACUUUAAAUCAUGAUAACGCAUUUAUUUUCGUAUUUCUAUAUAUUUUUGUAGUAUGUAGGGUGUUCUUUAUUUAUUACUAUCUCAUAGCACUCGACUGACUUAAGCUUAUUCUUCUCUCUGUGAUACUAUUCUUAAUUUUACUUCUACAUAUCAUUUAACGUGCUAUGAUCAACAUUCACGAACCAAAUCUUUAAUUUUGAGUAAAGCCCGAAUAAGAAGAGUUCUCUGCAAAAUGAUGGUGUAGUGAGAAGAAAGUAUGGACUCGACAUCUUGCUCUGAUUUUUAUAAGGUACUCGAGAUAAUCUCCUUUAUUCAAUAUCGACUGAGGCUCUCUACAAUCACAGUUACUUUUUUUUUAAAUAUAUAACUAGUCUCUUAUAGCAGUAAUAGUAAAAAAUCACAAUAAGCAAUAAAUAAUAGAAGUAUAAAACAGAUUAUAAAUUGUAGAAACAAAAUUAGUAACUGUGAAACGGGAGUCGUAACUCCGCACGAAUGUCCCAGGGUUUUGUACUUAAAGGUUUCAUGGUAGAUCGCGCUUCGCACGUCCAAUCCAGCUUGGUGCACGGCUUCGAAUAUUGAGUAUGUUGUAGGAAGUAAAUGAGUGUGGGACAAGUCGAUUACAAAGGAGAUACGGGUCAAAAUUGCGUAGCACGGUUAUUAUGGCAGCUUACAAAAAGAACAUAAAAUAUAAUUUAACUUAAAAUUAGAUUAGAGUAGUAUGACAACGAUUGAAGGGGCGAAAGCCAACGAUGAGUAUGUAAUGAUGUAUUAAUUUGGCGCCUAAUAAAAUCUCAUCGAGGGAGAUAGUUUAGUUAGUUGCCAGGACCACCGUGCUACUAUGGGUAGAGAUAGCAAUAUAGUUUUACUGCAAGGUACUUUCACGAGUGAGCUACGUUUAAUAGACAUAUAAGCAAUCCGAUCUUCCUUCGCACCUAACGGUUGUCGUUUUACUGAUAGAGUUACCAACUUUAUAGUCAUUUAUUUUCAUAUUUUUCACGUUUCAUCACGCGUUUCAUAGUUCAAUUCAUCUGACAGUAAUUGUCUUAUUCCUUAUUAUAUAGAUCGUUAUGAAGAAAACAAUAUCUUUCAUUUUAAACAAUUGAAACAAACAUGUAUUUUUCCUUCCAUAUAUAUUUUCGGAUGACUUUAUAAGCUGUUCUUCAUAGUUAGUAAUCUGUUUUCACGAUUCAAAUGAACAAUUAAAUAAUUGCAGUUACUAUUGGGAAUAGGUAUACACUAUUACAGCAUACAAAUUAGUAGUGUUAAUAAGAUUUGUUAGUGAUAGAGCAUCUGAAUCGAGUAAAUGAAUUUUAUUAGGAGUAUUUAAAUAAAUAGUUGAAAGUUGUCUAUUUUCCGUAGUUUGCUAUGUUGAAGUUAAAGGAGGCAGUUGUGACAAUAUAACAUUGUUUAUCUCGCGGCGGUCGCGGCACGGAUUGUUCCAUCAAUCCGAUAGAUAAUAAAGGUUUAUGAUGUAAGUUUCUAUUUAUUACUACUUAUAUUUGGUGGGGCAAUGUGUGCUGUGAUCUGUAAGAAUUACGUUGCAAGUAUGGGCUGAGCUGUAGAGAAGUUCGUGUUCCUCGUGGACACUUCGUUUUUAGUACAAGUUUAAAAUGCUACGCUCUUCUCCUAUUUGUAACGUUGUUUUGGGUACACGCUCUUCUCCGGUACUGUUUUAAUAGUUAAAAACAAUUUUGCUGUUAUUGUUACACAUUCUUAAUUGCAUGAGUGGUCUAGUAUUAUAUAAGAAUUGUUUUGUAAGCAACCAACGUAACAUUUUUACUGUGUUCGUUAAUCAUCUGAAGUUUAAGUUUUAGCUGUAAGGUAAAUUUUACUUUAAGUUGAAUUAUGAACAUUGAAUCUGUUGCAUAUGGAAUAAAGCUGUGAGUAUAUUGAUGCAAUAAGGGAACAUCGCAUCAAGCCUGUAUGAUGCAACUUGCUUGCUAACUUUACACAACGACAAAUACCUACCGAGGUAGAGCGUGUAACUGUAAGCUUUAGGGUAUUACUAGUUCUUAUGUUCUCUGUCGUGGACCGAAAUGAACGGCUUAAUGUAACGAGCCUAAUAAAUAAGCACUUACUAGAUAUAAGGCGAGGCUUUAGUUUGCAAUGUAGAAAGUUUGAUUCACUAUAAUUAUCGUACACUGACGGAACCAAUGUUUAUUAGGCUAAUCGAACACAUGAGGUCUAAUUAUUUUGUAAGUAAAUAGGGCUAUUAUACAAUAAGUACGCGAUUACUUUGUCAAUCUGGCCUUAUUUCCUCUGUUAUUGUCUAGCUAUAGUAUAGGUGAGAGAAAGAGUAGUUGUGUGACGUCUCGUUCCCUCAUGCUAUGUAUCGUUAGUGACGUAACUUUAGGCACUAAUAAUAAUAAUGUACAAUAAAACACCCUCUCUGCCUUAGUGAUGCUAUUCUUACCCCUAAUGCUAUGAACGAAAUAUCAUGUUAGAACGAAAUUUUAAUGUAUCUUGUAAAUACGAAUUCUUAUGGCUGAUGUAAAAUAUUGAGCACUAUGGAAAACUUAAAUUCCUAACAAUGGUCCAAACUUCACUCGCUUUUUUAUUUGUACUAUACGAUUAUACAAUUUCUAUAUAGAUAAAGAAAUAAUAAUUAGUCUAGAAAUACAACUUUAUGCUUUAAUUUUAUUUUAUAGAUGUAAAACAUGUAUUUGUCAAAAUGCUUAAUUUUCAUAAUCAAAGUUUUAUGAAAAAAGGUUGAUACCAAAUGCAGUAUUUUUAUUUUAUACUCUACA